AUGACCGCGGCUUCGACCAGCACCAACGAAAUUGAUCCUAGGAGGAAGGCUGUUCGAAACAACAGCAGCAACAGUCAAAUAUCAUCACCGAGAUUAUCGGAAAGAGCAUUUGGAGGAGGACGGCGAAGUGCGCGUAACGGGACUGAAAACUCAGGAAGCGCCGAUAGGCUGCAUGACAAUGAUCAGGGUAGCAAAAACACAGAAAACCGCGCUGACAACGCGCCGUCGAAUGCGCCAUCAUUACAAACCAGAUCUCGGACAGUGGCCGGAGAACUUCUCGAUUCUUCGGAAAAUGCCGCAAUUGAUCCCCUCUCGCAGGUACGCAACAUUCCCGAACGAAAGGAUUUGACAAUACAAAGUUCACGCACAGUCUUGUACUUACACUAUCCCCAGCAUAUCCUAAAACGGACGCAGACGGAGAAAUCCAUUCCUUACAAACUGAAAUCGCAGACACCAUACGGUCAGGAAUCGGGCGGAGACGGAAACAAGCCUAGCCCAACGGAUCAAGUUGGUCACCGCAGCGAAACAUUUCCACUAGGUCCUAGAAAGGAGAAAAAAAAAGGGGUAUCUUUCCUCAGUCGCAUUAUAGGCACAAAGAAAAAUCAAAUCCCCGCAGAAACGAACGAUUCCAAUGCCUCGGUUUCCCAGGCAGACGAUGUUAACGGCAGGAAUGAUAUAUUUGCGCACCCAGUGGGCUUUAUCCCACGAUUUCCACCUCCUCCGAAGUACAUCAAAGUAAGGCACUACAAAAGACAGAAAUCAUUCGAUCGCGUAUUCCUAGCCCAAGAGCUCGAUGGCGAGCCCGACGAGUCGACUCAGGAUGAGAAAAAGACGGGAAAUCCAAAGAACAAGGCUAUAUGGGCCAUGGUAUUUUCCAAGGACGGCAGGUACCUGGCCGCAGCCGGUCAAGACAAGGUUGUUCGUGUAUGGGCUGUCAUCACCAACGUGGAGGACCGCGAGGCUCAUGAACAGGAAGAAGAUGAAAUCAAAGGCAACGAUGGUAUGCGCUUAACUGCGCCGGUUUUCAAAACCAAACCAAUCCGUGAGUACACUGGGCAUACGGGCAGUGUAUUGGAUCUUAGCUGGAGCAAGAACAAUUUCCUCCUUUCGUCAUCCAUGGAUCGCACUGUUCGGCUGUGGCAUGUGAGCCGAGCGGAAUGUCUAUGUUGUUUUAAGCACAGUGACUUUGUCACUUCGAUUCAGUUUCACCCGCGCGAUGACCGUUUCUUCCUUGCUGGCUCACUGGAUUCGAAGCUGCGACUUUGGAGUAUUCCAGAUAAGAGCGUAGCAUUCUGGGCGACGGUCCGGGAUAUGAUCACGUCGGUUGCAUUCACACCAGACGGGAAGUACUCGAUUGCGGGCUGUCUUAAUGGGUUAUGCAUUGUCUAUGAGACAGAUGGACUAAAACCUAAUGCGCAAGUGCAUGUGCGCUCGGCUCGAGGGCGGAAUGCGAAGGGCAGUAAAAUAACUGGCAUCGAUACGAUUGUGUACCCUCCCAACGAUCCAAAUGGAGAUAUCAAGUUGCUCGUCACUAGCAACGAUUCCCGAAUACGACUGUACAAUUUCAAGGACCGUAGUCUAGAAGCAAAAUAUCGGGGAAACGAGAAUUCCACGAGUCAGAUUCGAGCAUCAUUCAGUGAGGAUGGCAAGUACAUCAUAUGCGGCAGCGAAGACGGACAUACUUAUAUCUGGCCAACGACAUCUACCGAAAAGGACUCGGAAAAGCGUGCACUCGAGGAAUUGGAUAUGCGAACUGAUAUUGUUACAUGUGCAAUCAUGGCGCCAAUUGCUACGAAACAGUUAUUGGGGUUUUCAGGCGAUCCCUUAUACGAUCUGUGCAAUCCACCGCCGAUAACCCUGGUCGGUAAGAUGGACUCGAAUCUAUCAUCUAAACAAGCAGAUGAUCAAUUGGGUCAACCGAAACGUGGGAAAGAUGAAGAUGCCACACCGACAACAGCAAAGGUGAACAGUUCUCCAGCAUAUCUUGCUCGAUCCACCCAUCCAGAUGGUAAUAUCAUCUUGGCUGCAGAUUGCUGGGGCCGGAUAAAAGUAUAUCGGCAAGACUGUGCUCACAACAAACGACCAAGUGAUUGGGACACGAUGUCUUUUUCGAAGAAGCUUCUCGGAAGAUCGAACUCAGCCCGUCAUAGUAUUGCGUCGUCUAUUGGGCGUGAAUCCAAGACUCCAUCUGAGCGAAUAUUGGCAUGGAGAAGUUCCGUGACUGGUACUGAACUCGCUAGUAUUGACUCGAAUGGCAGUAGAAUUCGUACUCCAUCUCCGCGCAAGUCUGGGUUGGGACGUCGUUCGCGGUAUUCCAGUCCUGUCAAUAGCCCUGAUGCGAAGACGGAGUCAGGCUAUGCGACUCCCCUGACGCAUUCAGUAGUUGACCACGAAGAAUCCGUGGCAGUCGAUAGACACAGGGGCGUUGAAACAGUGAAUAACGAGGAGGAGAAUACCAACUCGGCUUCGGAAACUGGAUCCGGAUCUAGCUAUGCGUCAGAAGAGUCAGAAGUGGAUGAAAAAGAAGGUGCGGGCAAUGGAGCAACACCGGAGUUGCCUGAAAUACCUCAAUUCAACGAAAACAGUCAGAGCAACGCCUUUUGGAGACGGAGCGCCGAAUUCGUGCGUAGCAUUAGAGCCCAAGGACUCUUGAGUCCAACCUAUGGGACUCGUACCGACGAUACGGAAGCAAUGCGUCGAAAAUCCAGUGCAAUAAGCGCUUUGAGCAGUGACAUGGGUUCUUCUUACGACGGUUCUAACGAUGUGACACCCAGUCAUGAAGCGGACGAAAGUGAAGUGUUGCGGUGUUCGCGAUGUCGUGGGACGAAUUUCCGUGCGACAAAGACCAAGAGCGGUAUGCAAAAGCUGGUUUGCGUCAGGUGCAAUACUGCUCUUGGGUAG